UGUCUCAUGCAGUUCGCACUAGAUGCGCUCAAUUCUGCAAGUAAUAGUCUAAAUCUCACGUUGCGCCAAAAGAAGUAAGCGUUUGUCAGGCAGCCUUAAUCGCGAACUGUCCCGGGGUGGUGGUGUGGUUCGGGGCAGUUGCAAGAGCCAAGGACGCUGACAGCGGAAGGAAGGGUCGGGUCGAGGGUUCUGCAUAAAGAGUGCGUGCUAAACCCGAGGCUGUUGAGAAGCAGCCACGGGGGCAAGAAUAUGACCGAAGAAGCCAAAAAGCUGGCCGCCUGGGCUGCGGUAAACAAUCACGUGCAGACUAAUCAUGUCCUUGGAAUUGGAAGUGGAUCUACAAUUGUUCAUGCUGUACAUAAAUUGGCUGAGAGAGUCAAAAAAGAAAAUCUCAACAUAGUUUGUAUACCUACCUCUUUUCAGGCACGUCAGUUGAUUCUGCAGAAUGGCUUAACCUUAAGUGACUUAGACAGACAUCCUGAGUUGAAUGUUGCUAUCGAUGGAGCUGAUGAAGUUGACUUGGACCUCAGUCUUAUCAAAGGAGGAGGGGGUUGCCUGACACAGGAGAAGAUAGUGGCUGGUUGUGCAAAAAGCUUCAUAGUUAUUGCUGAUUACAGAAAAAAGUCUAAAAACCUUGGAGAACAGUGGAAGAAGGGGAUUCCUAUUGAAGUCAUCCCAAUGGCCUAUGUGCCAAUCACUAAGCUUCUGACCAAUAAAUUUGGAGGUGUUACAGAGUUGAGGAUGGCUGUCAAUAAAGCUGGUCCUGUGGUGACAGACAAUGGAAAUUUUUUAUUGGACUGGAAAUUUGAUAAAAUUCAUAAUUGGAAUGAAGUGAAUGUAGCAAUCAAGAUGAUACCAGGAGUGGUGGAAACAGGUCUGUUCAUCAAUAUGGCAGAGCGAGUUUACUUUGGCAUGGAAGAUGGUUCUGUUAGUGUACAUGAGAAGCCGAUUCACUGACCUCUCACAAUUACACAGCUCUACUUUGCUAUCUUACUCUUAUGAAAAAUUAUCAUCUUGAUGCCAGCCUGACAACUUGCCUUAAAGCAUUCAGUCUGGAUCUCAGUGAAUGGAAUAAAAAGGUCCAGGGAAUGUCAUCUUAAGAUUUAUUUUUUAAUGUAAUUUUUUAAAAGUGAUCAUCAUUUUGAAUGUUUCAAACUUUUUAUUUUUUUAUAUAAAUAAUGUACAAAAAAGAUACUUUGUGCAGUAUUGGAAUAUUUUGACUCCAGAGGGGAAGAAAGUAAAUAAAAUAUAUGGUUCAAUAAAAAAAACCCAAGAUAUAUUUUAUUUGAAAGGGCUGUAUACAGUAAGAAAUCUUUUUGGUUCUGUAUUUUAUGCCUUUAAAAUGAUUUUAAUCAUUAUUUUUAAUUAGAUAAUGUUUUGUUAUAUUCUUUACAGCGCAACUAAUAUUUCAGCAGUUGAUUUUUGUAAUCCAAAUUAAAUUUUAAUUUCUGCUUAGAACUGACUUACUAUAUUUGACAUCUCCUUAAUUGUUCACAUGUUGCCAUGAGAAUUAAUGUGUGAAAAACAGACUGUGUCCGGACUGUUCUAGCCAGUGUCACUGACACCGGUCAAUAGAGACUUGAAUUUAUUUAUAUCAGCACUGUAGGGAAGCCACAUUUUUAAAUGUUUCCAAAACAGCUUGGAAGAAGUCUUGCCACAAAGAUUGCUAAGCCAAUAUGAGCAAUGUAUUUAUUAGUCCCAAUUUUGGUGUGUAAAUUCAGUACUCCAUUAUUUAUUCCUAGUAGCAAAAUAUUCCAGUCUAUUCUCCAAAGUUGGUAGAGACAGCGGUGAUGCAUGGGUUAACUCAGCCAGUAACCAAUAGAACUGAGUCUACAAAAGUGAUGUCAUCGCCUCUGAGGAAUGUCCUCCCGUUUUUUUAGACUCAGUUUGAUUGAAACUGGCUGUGCUAAUUGCUCUCCCCUCAACUUAACUAUUCAAAAUUGCUGAAUUGGCUACUUUAAUCUGUUUUAAUAGGCUUCUCCUCUAAAAAUUUUACUUCUAAAUUUUUAGUGGACAGGAUCGUUGAUAAUAGCAACUCUCGGAACCAGGGCUCUCAAUUAGCCCCAGGGCUUCCUGAGAGGUACUGCCAGGGUUUUCUUCGGAGGCUUUUAGCCUCUUGACUUUGCCUGCGAUUGCAAAGUCUUCCCUGGACUCAGCGCUGCCUAGCACUGGCUGUUGGAGGCUCUGCUUAGCGCUCCCGCUUUCUGCUGGCUCUCCAUCACCGCCAAACGCCGCCGGGAAAGCGCCGCUGCUGCUGCACACCGCCGCCGCUAAGCGCUCCUGCUAGACUGCCACCGCCUCUGCAGCCUCCUCUUAGAGCCCACACUGCCCUCAUUCCUUCCGUGGCCUCAGCUACCUCAUGGCGCCUGGCCCAUAGGCUCUGUAGCCUCAGCAGCCAUUUUGUUUUGGUGUGAAGAAGCUCCGGUGGCCAUUUUGAUUCUCCCCUUCGGGACAACAAAGUCAUGAGUACAAGCCAUUGCUUCCUCUCCUGCCCAUGAUCCACAAGUCCCUCCAACUACCCUGGACACUGCUCCCACCACCGAGUCUCCAUCAUCUGGGACCCAGAGGCGCAACCUGCCCUGGAGGCUCCCCCCACUGAACCCUCUUCCAAGGCUCCCAGGUCUAGUCACAGGACCACAGCCAAUCCACCUUCGCAGGACGAUGGCAAUGCCACUCAGGCUCCUCCCCAAAAGGCCAGGGGCAAGACCAAACACACGGAAUCCCAUCUGGUUCAGUCUCAGAGGACUGUUCAAUCCAGUCCUCUUCCUGACCUAUCUUCUGAUUUGAAGGAUGAUCUCUUCCCUGCAGCAUCCAUUAUCCAACCUGAGGAAGGAAAGGCACAGGCAAUCUGGCCUGUAGUAGGGAUGAAUCCAAGGGUGGCAGGAGCAUCACUCCUGAUGAAGAGCCCUUGUACCAGGAGGAUAUCUCUUCCCCUUCCCGCCGCUGUUGUUACUCACCUGGCAUGGCUGAUAUCAUAUCUGAGGCCAUUGAACGUGGCAUAGCAGCAAGACUUAAGCACAGGUCUUCUAACCAUUCUACUCCACGCAGGUCUUCUUCUGCUUCCAGAUGCAGGAAAGGUGAUUUCUCGGCCUCCUUCAUCGCAUAAGUUACCAGGCAUGUCCAUCCAACCAUUGGUUUUUGGGCCUCCCCCCCAACUCACUUACCUUUGUCGGUCUCUUUAAACCUGCUGUCUUUCGGUCUCUUCUUUUUAAGGCCAAGAUCGCUGGCAUCCCUUCACCCAAGGCUCCUCAGGGAACGGAGGUGGACACCACCAACCCCCUCUUCAUCCAGCCUAAAGUGAAAAAAGAGGUGAUUCCAUCACCCAGACACUUCAUAGACAUGGUCCAAAACCAAUGGGCAUCACCAGGUACAGGCCUCCUCCCCAAUAUCUUAGACAAGCACCUGUAUAAUGUGGGACCAGAACUCACCAAGGCUCUAUAGGUACCUUCUAUUGACUUACUUGUAGUUAGCUUGUCCUCUCCUAACGCAGCCUCAGCAGCUCCAAAGGAGGCUCUUCGCUCUGAAGACAAGAGAAUAGAACAAACUCUGGUCAAGGGACAUCAGGCCUCGGAUUGGGCCGUCAGGGCAGCUACGUCUGCUUCUUUCUUUAGUCACUCUGCCCUCUUAUGUCUAAGACAACUUCAAGGGAGACUUCCAGCCAGGGAUUCUAGGGCUCGCAGGGACAUUAACAAAUUGAAGGCGGACCUAGAAUACACUGCAGAUGCCUCCUUAGACGUGGCCCGUUUCGCAUCCAAAGCCAUAGCAUUCUCUAUCACCAUUCGCUGGUUCCUCUGGCUGAAGCAGUGGUAGGCGGAGUCCUGAGCCAAAUGGAGAUCUGCCUCCUCUCCCUAUUCUUCCCCCUUCUCUUUGGUUCUCCCUUAAAACCUCUACUAGUAGAGUCCAAGGAUAAGCGGAAUGUCCUGCAACCGGCCACUAAGAAGCAGGAGGGUCGGAAUCAGUCCUUUUAUCGUAGGCAGCCCUUUCGUGGACAGGACGGGGGUUCCUCCAACCCCUGUCCGCAAUGUCAGGCUCCUUCCAGACAGGGCCCCUCCUUCUCAAACAAGAUUCGGCCUUCUCUUGGUCUUGCGCUCCAGCCCUCCAAACCAUUUUGUCACGUGCCCAAUCUCCAGGGACCCUCACAAGAUGCUCCUAGUAGAGCAGGCCAUCCCUCUGCUUCACAUUUGGGCCAUUCAAUCUGUGCCUCCAGGCCAGGUGGACAGGUUUUUUACUCUUGUCUCUUUAUUGUGCUAAAGUCUUCGGGGAGCUGAAAAGCAAUCCUCGAUCUCAAAUUUCUAAAUCGAUUCAUCAGGUACAGAUUCAAAAUGCACUCUCUCCUGUCAAUCCUGGAGAGUGUGCGAAACACGAUCACCUCACAUCAGUGGACCUCAUGGAGGCUUACCUCUAUGUGCCCAUUCACAAGCAACACAGGUGUUCCUCCGCUUUGCCUAUGUGGUCCGUCACUUUCAGUAUCGGGUCCUUCCAUUUGGGCUGUCAGGGUUUUCCCAAACUCCUGUCAGUCGUAGCAGCCCACUUGCGAGCCAGAUCAUGUGCUACCUGGAUGACAUUCUCCUGUUGUCCAGGUCACACAACUGGGCUCUUCAGGAUCUCCAGGACACCUUACAGGUGCUUCAGGAGGUGGGAUUCUCCAUCAAUCAGGAGAAGAGUCACUUUGUCUCCACCUCACAUCUGGUACUCUUGGGAACCCUCAUCGAUUCUUCUCAGGGGAAGGUCUUCCUGUCUCAGGAACGCCAGAUCAGCCUCAGAGACCUGGCCAAUGAGGUGCGAGGGAGACAGCUGGUCCCUCUUCUCCAGCUGUCUCAAUUGCUGGGGAAGAUGGUCUCAUACUUCUCCAUUGUUCCUUGGAUGCGGCUCCACAGCCGCUGCCUUCAAUGAUUUGCCAUUCCAGAAAACCAACAGCAACCAACCCUAGUGAAAGUCAGGUUGACUCCAGAGGUAAUCCAAUCUCUGGACUGUGGAUCUCCCCGGCCAUUUCUCGGAGGUCCUUCUUCAGGGAAUCUCCACGUCUCAUAGUCACGAUGGACGCAAGCUUAUGGGGAUGGGGAGUUCACCUGGAAGAUCAAGUGGCUCAGGCUCUCUGGUCCAAUUCUGACCUUUCCCACAGUAUGAAUUGGCUAGAGUUGAGAGCCAUCCAUCUGGUUCUCCUUCAUUUCCAAUCCUCACUUCUCAAUACACACAUGCUGAUUCGGACGGACAACACAACAGCCAAGGUGCACGUCAACCGCCAAGGGGAAACAAGGGCGCUAUCUCUCACGAAUCUGCCUUUUGCCUAGGAAUCUGGGCGGAAGCCAAUCUUCUCUCUCCACACCGAACACAUCUCAGGCACAACAACACCCAGACAGAUUGAGCCACACAACAAUCGACCCUGCGGAGUGGAGCCUGAACCGUCACAUCUUCAGACAGCUAUUGUCCAGGUAUGGGACUCCAGUGCUAGAUCUAUUCGCAACGGUAUCCAACAGGCAGUUGCCCAGGUACUUGUCUCGUUACAGGGCACCAGGUGCCCUUAAGGUGCAGGUGGCCUCACGGUCUCCUGUAUGCCUUCCCUCCCUUCCCCGUUACAGAGGGUGAUUUGGAAAAUGAUAGAGGAAGAUGCCGAACUCAUCCUAAUUGCCCAUCAUUGGCCGCACCAACCCUGGUAUGGUAUCUUCCAAUGAUAAUGUCCCCUUUUCAUCAGGGGUCCAUUCACCAUCCCGACUUGUCCUGGCUUCGCCUAACCGCAUGGAAGCUGAGUGGGCGGUCUUGAGGGCGGCUAACCUUUCUGAGACUGAAAUUCGGAUUAUUCAGGCUUCUCGCUUGCCACUAACAGGAUCUUUGAAUCAAUGUGGAAGACCUUCACUACAUGGUGCUGCUCUUGAGAUGCCAUCCCCCUGAAGGCUUCGGUCCCCCAGGUUUUGGAUUUCUUCCAACAGGGGCUUGAUAAGGGGCUCUCGCCAAACACCUUAUGGCGACAAGUGUUGGCUCUCUCUUCGGUUCUCUCACUUCACCGAGAUGAGCCUCUUUUCUUGCACCCUCAUGUCCACCGCUUCAUUAGGGGUGCGUCUAAUCUCUGUUCUCCUGUCAUACACCCUUUCCCCUCGUGGCAUCUAGCCAGGGUCCUUGACUUUCUCGCUGAACCGCCCUUCAAACCUCUCAGGUGAGCCUCAUUGCAUCAUCUUACACUGAAGACCUUUCUGGUGGCCAUCACGUUGUCACGUCGGGUCUCGGAAUUGGUGGCCCUUUCCAUCCAAUCUGACCUGUAUUUCAUCCGUACCAUGUGGUCCUUUGCCUUGAUCCCACCUUUGUUCAAAAGGUAAAUUCGGUCUUUCAUUGAUCUCUAGACCUCUCUCUUCCAAAUUUCUGUCCUAAUCCUUCUUACAGACUUGAAUGCAAAUGGCACAGGUUAGACGUGCUCUUAAGAUCUGUAUUGCCAAGACGGCUGUCUUCAGACACACCGAAGCUCUCCGUCUUUUUCCAUCCCACAAAUAAGGAGCUAAAAGCUUCUCCAUCAAUCAAUGGUUGGGCGCUGGAUCCGAUCUGCCAUUUCAAGAGCUUACCUGGCACAUCAUCUCACUCCUCCAUCAUCACGGCACAUUCCACGUGCAGUGCAGCUAUGGUGGCAGCGUGGACAAGACAGGCCUUGGUGGAGAUCUGCAAGGCGGCCACCUGGACUACUACUACCCCCUUUAUCUGCCAUUAUAAGGUAGAUACAUAUGCUUUGGCGGAUGCGGCAUUUGGACAGUGGGUCCUUCAACAAGUUCUUCCCUCUCCAAGCUCCUAGCCCAGUCCCAUUCCCACCCAGGGACAGGCCUAGCUUUGGUAUGUCCCAUGCAUGACCGCUGUCUCCACCAACUUUGGAGAAUGGGGCGUUGGUUCUUACCUGAUAUGCCCCUUCUCUGGGCAGGUGGAGACAGUGGUCAUCCCCGCCCUUUCAGGCUCUGGCUUAAUUUGCAGAGGGAGAUCUGGGAGAACUACAGGAGCAUCAAAGGGAUUGAGAGCAAUCAAAUAGCGCACAGCAGUCUACUUAUCUCCUUCGUCAAGAAAGCGGGAGGACACUCCUCAGAGGCGAUGACAUCACUUUUGUAGACUCAGUUCUAUUGGUUACUGGCUGAGUUAACCCAUGCAUCACCGCUGUCUCUACCAACUUUGGAGAAUAGGCUGGAAUAUUUUGCUACUAGGAAUAAAUAAUGGAGUACUGAAUUUACACACCAAAUGCAUGACCGCUGUCUCCACCUGCCCAGAGAAGGGGCAUAUCAGGUAAAAACCAAAGCCCAAUUUUAACAAUUAUUUAUGGACAUGGUUUUGGGUUAAAUUCUUAUUAAAAGCUGAGAAUUGUUAAUCCUUGGCAUGGCGAUAUAGAUGCUGUAACUAAACACAGAUAAAAUUAGAAUCUUCUUGAAUGAACUAUAAAUGUAGCAAGAAUAAGUUGUGUAAUUGAGUCAUACUUUAUUCCUUAAUACAUUGCCUGAUCAAAAAUAUGACUUGAUACUUCAUCUGUUGUAGCAUUUAAAUAAAGUACUGCAGUGCCAGC